AUGAGUAACCUCGAUAUUAUUAGUGGCAUGGCAAAUGAGUUACUCUUGUUGGUUGCCAAGGCCUGCCAGUGCCCUGAAGAUAUUGCGAAUCUUUCUUUCACCAGCCACCUCUUUUAUUACUUGCUCUUUGAACAAGUCGACACCGGUAUCGCUGGUUAUGCGGCAAUCGAGAGUGUCGAAAUCCAGAAUGUUAGGCGUACGAUCAGGCUGAAUGGACCAUAUGCCAUUGUUCUCGGACUUCAGCACUGUCACAGCGUAAAGAACGUAUACGCACUCCAGGCCGUCGUCGCAGCUCAUGAUCUGGCUAUCUUUGAUCUUAUCUCCCCCUACCUCACUCUCGGGCACGAAUGCCUUGAGCCAGUCUUAGAAAUGAUGUGUUCGGAGAGGAGACCCCAGAUGCUAAGCCUCCUGAUCCCGUACUUGAACGAAGACCAGCUCCUCUACGGCUUUCUCUGCGCCGUCACAGACAACAUCCUUUCCAUCGCUGAUCCUCUCUACCGCCUAAUCGAGCCGACUGCCCGUACAAAGGCGUGUGACCAAAGCCUUCUCCAUGUAGUGACCUCCAAUCUUAACGAGGUCCGUCGUUUGGUGAUUGAGGGAUGCUCGAACGUCAACCGUAACCAACAUAGACUCCUCCACUUUGCUGUUAGCGUAGGACCACAGAGCACACACAAAUACUCUGCCGUCGACUUGCAUGAGACUGUGCAGCUUCUCUGUGCCAGGGGCGCCAACGUCAACGAGGAGAACGAAAGCGGCCUUACCCCGUUACAUAUGCUCGCCCGCUUCGGGCCAGAGAAGGUUGGUGGGCCGGGUGAUCGUGAAAUCGUGGGCUUCAAAGCCGCUCAUAUCAGCUGUGUCAAGAUCAUUCUUCGCUCCGGUGUGAAGAUUAAUCAGAUCGAUAUGAGGGGUCGCACUGUCCUUUGGCAUGCUGUGAGGUCCGGCGAGACUACCAUGGUGCCUGAGCUGUUGGCAGCGGGUGCCGAUAUGGGAGUUCUUGAUAUGAAUGACACAAGGGCUGACGAGAUCCCGAAGGGCAGUACUAGAAAUGUGGUUGUGGCUGCUGCUAUGGUUGUUGCUCACAUGAAGAAGCUUAAGGAGGCGAUUAGCAUGAGGGAAUCAGCGAACGGAGCGAAGCGUCAGAAGAGGGAGGCUUAA